GGGGUGGGGUUUUUUGAGGAAACAGGUGUGUGUGCUGACAAGGAUGAUGUCAUUCUGUGGCUGAGUCACCUGGGAGACGGCUGCUGAGCGUAGCGUGGCCAGAGAUAAAGAUAAAAGAGGAGGCAACGAGCUGCCUUCAACACCCCUGUGUUUUCUCUCAGAGGAGCCGUCGGUGUAAGGAAGGAGGCCCGGCUGAGGAGGAGGAGGAGGAAGAGGAGGAGGCGUUUGAAUACUGCUGUUAGUCAAGAUCCAUCCUGAGCCUCUGACCUCUGACUUGUGACCCCUGCUGUUGGUCCUGGCUGCGGUGAUCAUGAUGAUGAUGGAGAGGAGGAUGAGUUGCAGCCACAGCUUAACUGCACGUGUUGGUGUGUGAAAGGAAGGCAAAGGUUGUCGCACCUGCAGCACACUGAGGAAAAAGUCCCUGGAAGUCUUGGAAUAUAAAGCAGAGGAUCUUUGGAAGUCCUUGAAAAACAGGAUCCUUGAAUACAGAACCUGUGGAACUGGAAUGUAAAAAUCCACACAGAGGAUACAGCACAUUUAUAAUCUUCUGACCUUACAACAAGGAACAAAAUUUGUGGGAUUUCUGGGGUGUAAACUUGAGAUACAAAACUCCUGGAUGUCCUUGGAUUUUCCUUUUGAAUUUAAGUAUGCAAAAGCUAGAAAUAAGUUCAAGUUAAAGAACACUAAGCCACUGAAGUAAAGCUGUUACUCGAGGAGUUUGUGUUCUGAAACUUAAUUUUUUUUGGAGCAGAGUUAUUUUUCCUGCUCAGACUUUUUCACAGUUUAUUUUUCCUCUUCUUGCUCUUGUCCACCUUGCUGUUGGGAGUCUUCAUCCUAUUUUGACUUUCAUCCUCCCCUCGGCUGGAGGACAUGGCUCUGUCUCCUUCGAUACGAGAACGGGCGACAGGCAGUUGACUCCUGCAGGGAGCGAGGACGAGAGACACACAAGGGGAGGGAGAAGAAGAGAAAGCGGGGAAAAUGUCGUGGAAGAGAAACUACUUUGCGUCAGGUGGUGGUGGAGGAGUUGGAAGCGGCGCUGGUGGCAGCGCUGGUGUUGGUGGUGUUGUUGGUAGUGGCGGGAUGCAGGGGAUGUUGGCACCUCGCACCAUGACGUCCAUCGCUCCCAGUAAAGGGCUGAGCAACGAACCAGGACAGAACAGCUGCUUCCUGAACAGCGCCCUGCAGGUUCUGUGGCACCUUGAUAUCUUCAGACGUAGUUUUCGUCAGCUGACAACUCAUAAGUGUAUGGAGGACUCGUGCAUUUUCUGUGCUCUGAAGAGUAUCUUCGCCCAGUUUCAAUACAGCAGUGAGAGAGUUUUACCGUCCGACGCUCUUCGCAGCGCGCUCGCCAAAACCUUCCAGGACGAGCAGAGGUUUCAGCUCGGCAUCAUGGACGAUGCUGCAGAGUGCUUUGAAAACAUCCUGAUGAGGAUUCACUUCCACAUCGCAGACGAGACCAAAGAAGACAUCUGCACAGCCAGACACUGCAUCCCGCACCAGAAGUUCGCCAUGACGCUCUUUGAACAGUGUGUGUGCAGCAGCUGUGGAGCGUCCUCAGAUCCUCUGCCCUUCAUUCAGAUGGUCCACUAUAUCUCCACCACCUCCUUGUGUAACCAGGCAGUGAAGAUGUUGGAGUCGAGGGAGAAAGCGACUCCUGGCAUGUUUGGGGAGCUGCUGCGAAACGCCAGCAUGGGAGACCUGCGCAGCUGUCCUAGUCAGUGUGGCCAGCAGCUCAGGAUGGCUCGUGUCCUCCUCAACAGUCCAGAAAUCAUCACCAUCGGUCUGGUUUGGGACUCGGAUCACUCGGACCUGGCUGAGGACGUCAUUCACACCCUGGGAACCUGCCUACGUCUGGGAGAUUUGUUUUACAGGGUGACGGAGGAGAAGGCUCGUCAGGCAGAGCUCUACCUGGUUGGCAUGGUGUGCUAUUACGGGAAACAUUACUCCACCUUCUUCUUUCAGACGAAGAUCCGACGAUGGAUGUACUUCGAUGAUGCACACGUCAAGGAGAUCGGUCCCAAGUGGAAGGACGUGGUUUCUCGCUGCAUCAAGGGCCACUACCAGCCUCUGCUCCUGCUGUACGCCGACCCGCGGGGGACGCCGGUGUCGGUCCAGGACCUGCCCUCACGCUUCGACCUCCGCAGCCUCAACAAGGCCUGUUACGACAGCGAAGACUCGGGCCGCGAGCAGUCAAUCUCCAGCGACACUCGCACCGAUUCGUCGACGGAGAGCUACUCGUACCGACAGCCCUCCCACUCGCACCAUGAGUCCCUGGCCAGUCACUACUCCUCUGACUCCCAGGGAACCGUCAUCUGCAUCGAGCGCCCAGACGGACCCCUGCACGCCUCACUCUGCAGCCUGGAUACCAUAGGCCACGUGACGGACAGUGAGCAGCACCAUUCUCUGAGGAAGGGAAGCGGGGCCGGGGAUAGGAGGCGGAGCUCUAGCCGCCACCGGCGAUCUAAACCUGACAACGAAGCCUCGUCGGCCGGGUACCACAGCGAGGGAGAGACGUUAAAGGAGCAGCAGGUUCCUCGUCACCUUCCCAAACCUCCCUCCUCUUUUUCAUCCUCAACCAGUCGUCUCCGAGACUUCAGGGAGACCAUGAGCAACAUCAUCCACAGCCGACCCCUCUCCUCCUCUUCCUCCACUUCUUUACCGGCUGCCGUCCUCUCCUCUGAAAUCGCCUCCUCCACCAACAACCACCUCUACCCUGCCACCACUACCAAUCCCUGCUCCUCCUCCAGUAAGCCCCAGGACUGGGAGGCUGACAGCACCAGCAGUGAGUCCAAGUCCAGCUGCUCAGGGGGAGCAGGGUCAGGGAGGUACCGGCCAGCAUGGAGGCCCCGCAGGGAGGCGCUUAACAUUGACAGCAUCUUCAACCGUGAGAGGCGAAGGCAGGCGGGAUACAGCCCACUCGGAGCCUCCCUCCCUGACGACUUUGUCGCUCCGCCCUUAGAGGGAGCAGACGCCUCCUUACCAGCCCAGGAGGAGGUGAGGCCUGUCAGGCCCGGCACCUCCUGGACUCUACCCACGGCUUCCAGCAGCCACAGAGGAGGUGGAGAUGGAACUGCAAGUGGAGGACGUGCCGACCUGCCUCCUCCACCUCCUCCUCCUCCAAGGCUGAUCCAGAGGAUGGAGAGUGGAUAUGAGAGCAGUGAGAGGAACAGCAGCAGCCCGGUCAGCCUCGACCUGAACAUGGGAGACAGGGAGUGUGUUAUGAAGAAGCCUCCCUCCUCCUCCUCCUCCUCUUCCUCAGGACCGUCAUGGAAGAACAUCAGGUCAAAGAGCAGUGGAGCUUUGCUGCAGGAGCUCAGCUCUUCCAGCAGGGGGAGCCUCGCGACCCCUGCAGGCCGCAGCGAGCUGGACGAGCUGCAGGAGGAGGUGCAGAGGAGAGCAAGGGAGGAGGAGCAGCAGCGCCGGCAGGAGAAGGAGAGGGAGGCGGCGCUUGGCUUCAACCCCCGACCCAGCAAGUACCUGGACCUGGACCAGCUGCAGAUACAGGGUAAAAGUGACAGCUUUGAGCGGUGUGUGUCGGAGGCGGAGCUGCUGCUGGACCAGUCGGUGCGUCUGGAGCAGGCAGGCGAGGUCGCCGCUGCACUGUCGGCGGUCAACGAAGCUGUCUCCAAACUGCAGCUGGUGGCGGCUGAGGGCGGAGCUAGUAGUCACAGCCGGCUGCAGCGCUGCAUGAGGAGAGCCCGCAGCCUGCAGCAACGUAUGCAACUGCAGCAGCAGCAGCAGCAGCAGCAGGACUCAGAGGCAGGCAGACAGCAACCGCAGCAACAACAGGAGGAGGGGCAGCAGCUGCAGGAACAGCCCAGUGAAAAGCCUCUCCCGCUCCAAAUACUUCUGACGGAGAGACAGGGUGACCAAUCAGCUCCUUGUCUGGACCAGCAGGCCCCACCUCUCUCUCCCUGCCUCGUUAAGCCCCUCCCUCCACAAACGAACUCAUUGUCUGACUCCACCUCCAGUGCCGGGGCCCCCACAAGUUCACCCAAGGAGAACAGCACGACCGGAGGCCCCUGCUCUCGCAUCGGGAAGCCCCUCUCCAACACCGGGUCCCUCCCUGCCCUGUGCGUGGACAGCUGGGAGCAGAGCCCUCCGGGAGACUUGGCCCCACCCCCUCCACCUGAGGAGGUGGAGCAUCCUCCCCAGUGGACCAGAACGCCUCCUAUCUCCAUCCCAGCAAAGGCCCAGCCCCCGUCACCUGUUGACACCAACAACAGUUGUCAUCUGAUGAUGGAGGAGGCGCCAUAUUACCCCCGACACCCACAGACCACGCCGCGUGCGUCUAGCCCCACACCCAGGCUAGCCCCGCCCUCAUCCUCCUUACCAACCCGGAGCUGGUCCUGCUUACGCUCAGACCCACCUGAUGUCGUUGAUUCUCUCGUUGACCCACCAAUCAGCUCGUCCCUUUACUCGCCCCCAGACUCCCCCUCGAACAUCCCCCCACCUCCACCUGCGAGCCGGCCUGGUCGGACCUCCUCCCCGCCCCCCAGUCAGGACUAUAGAACAGUCCUACCUGUGGAGCGCUGGGCGGAAAACGUCAACAGAUACUACGGCUCUCAGAAUGCUACAGGGGGAGCGGCGUUGCCCGGUGAGGAGCUGUCGGAGUUGGACUCUCUGUACCAGGCCAGUCUGCUGGCUCCCAGCAUGCACCGGGGCAGCCGAGGAGUCAGUCCUCAGCCAACCAACAACAAACCAGGUGUGAGGAGAAUGCUGUCAGGAUCUGGACGGUCCAAAACUCCAACGGCUGAGAUCGAGAGAUAUGCCUACAGAUCACCGGUUACACCUCAUAAGCCGCCGUCAGGUGAAGACGAGAACUACAGCGCAGAAAACCUGCGACGCAUCGCCCGCAGCCUGAGUGGAACUGUCAUCGGGUCACGACCCCAAAACCUUGGGCCCUCCCACAGCUGCGACCCCUCUGUGCCCAGGCUCCCUCUCAGACACUCCUCCUCUUCCUCCUCCCUACUCCGUCGCCCCAGCACCUCCUCCCUGCACAUCCCCUCCUCCUCCACCUCCUUCACGACAGAUCACUCCUACCACCACCACCACCUCCUCCAACACCAACAACCCCGACACCACGGCCCCUCAGCUCCUGCACAUCCUCCACAGCACCCUCCCUUGCAGACAUCACGGCCCCUGAGCUCGGGCCUCUCCUCCUGGGGACACUCAGGAUCUGGACCAGGCAUCCAGCAGCAGUUUCUGGUUGUGCCUGACAGGCAUCAGGCUCUCUCAGGUCAAAGCCUCCACAGCGUCGCGCUGAAUUACGGCACUCUGCCCCGAGCUCCUCGCCGAGCCCCACCUCCCUCCUCCACCUCCUCCCUCCCCAGACCCAGAGCCAGCUCCGGUCCUGCCCCCCCACUGCCAGGUCCACAGAGUCUCUACGCCACCCUGUCCCACCCUCGCCGCUCAGCCAACACCGCCACUAACGGUCACUACCGGCAACCAUCGCUACCUAUUAAAGUCAAUGGGUCCACCCUCUAUACUCCACACCACCUUAGGGUGCCAGGGGAGGCCCCUGCCCAGCCGCUCCGCCUGGAUGUGCCCCCUGAGACCGACUGGCGCCGUGAUGCAGACUACAGGACUGUCAGCUCCUCCUGGGAUCCGCGUACCGCCCGCCACCACCUGCCCCUCCAGCGGACCGACUCCCACCAGCCUCCCCCCCCCCGGCCUCGCAGGGACCCCCACCUCUGCUCGCUCUGCCAGCAGCUUCCUGCUGAGCCGUCACGCCCCUACUGCCCGUCCUGUGGCGCUUAUGUGGCUCGGUUCCGCCCGGUGAGCUGAUCCGGCCUGAGGCUCCCGUGCCCUGCAGACGCCACAGUAGAAGAGUCCAGCUCCAAAUGUCUCAUAUCCAUCAAGAUAAAGUUUCUUUUUUUUUUGUAUUUAAA